GUUGUAAACAUAUGAGACCAUUUUUGUCAUUUUCUCCAAGUUACUAAGAUGUACUAUGCAGUAGUCGUACGUUGUCCAAAAGCUGUUCCUCAAUAUCUCCCAGAUUGGGCGGGCCGAGCUCUUACGAAUAGCGGCAGCUGGAAAUUGCUUUAAAUCAGACAAAUCCUUAGUUUCAACAUCCAAAUUCUUGCAAUUUCCUACGCUGAAUCUUCGUGUCAGGGUCUCAUUUCUGUAAAGUUCCUACAACAUAAAAUGAGAUGAAAUCCUUACUGAGAUUCAAAGCCAAACUCGCACCAGUAUAUGGUCUGGUUUUUAUUGGUCCAUCUCCUCCACUCUUUGCACUUGGACAUCUGCUUCAACAUCUGUGCUGUUACUCUGGUGUAGCAACUCAGUGGCAGAAUGAGACAGGAUCAAUAAAAUGUAAUGAUAUGCUCAAUGAGUUCACAACUUACUGCUAUCAAAGGGAUCUUCCCAGGGCUAUGAAAGCAUUAAAUUCCUUGCAAACUCACAAGAUAUGGGCUGAUGCCGUCACCUACUCUGAACUCAUUAAGUGCUGCUUGGCUCGUGGCGCAGUCGAGCAAGGCAAACGGGUCCACCAACAUGUGUUCUCCAAUGGUUAUGAGCCCAAAACGUUCCUCGUUAACACACUUAUUAACAUGUAUGUGAAGUUUAACAUGCUAGACCAAGCACAAGCUUUAUUUGAUCAAAUGUCUGACAGAAAUGUUGUCUCCUGGACUACAAUGAUAGCUGCCUACUCUAGCGCUAAGAUCAACAACAAGGCUUUGGAGUUUUUGAUCCUCAUGCUGAGAGAUGGUGUGAGACCUAAUAUGUUUACUUACUCCUCUGUUCUGAGAGCUUGUGAUGACCUGUCCAAUCUUAGGCAGCUCCACUGCAGCAUACUCAAAGUUGGUCUGGAGUCUGACGUAUUUGUCCGAAGUGCUCUUAUUGAUGUUUACUCCAAAAUGGGUCAACUCGAGUGUGCAUUGUGCACCUUUAAUGAGAUGGUGACAGGGGAUCUUGUUGUCUGGAACUCCAUUAUUGGUGGAUUUGCUCAAAACAGUGAUGGGGAUGAAGCUUUGACUCUCUUCAAAAGAAUGAAGAGAGCUGGAUUCUCAUCUGAUCAGUCGACCUUGACAAGUGUUCUUAGAGCUUGUACUAGUUUGGCACUUUUAGAAGUGGGAAGUCAAGUCCAUGUUCAUGUACUCAAGUUCCAGCGGGACCUAAUCCUUAACAAUGCACUUUUGGACAUGUAUUGCAAGUGUGGCAAUUUGGAAGAUUCCCACCAAAUAUUUACUCGGAUGAUAGAGAAAGACGUGAUCUCCUGGAGCACCAUGAUCAUAGGCUGCGCCCAGAAUGGUUUCAGCAGAAAAGCACUGGAAUUAUUCAAGGAGAUGAAAGUCUCAGGGAUCAAACCAAACUACAUCACUGUUCUUGGAGUUUUAUUUGCUUGCAGCCAUGCAGGCCUGGUAGCAGAUGGGCAAUAUUACUUCCGCUCAAUGAAGAAACUCUUUGGUAUUGAUCCAGGAAGAGAACACUACGGUUGCAUGGUUGAUCUUCUUGGAAGAUCUGGGAAGCUAGAUGAGGCGGUGAAAUUAAUCCAUGAAAUGGAAUGUGAACCAGACGCAGUGACAUGGAGAACAUUGCUUGGUGCCUGCAGAGUACAUCGAAAAAUGGAUUUAGCUGAAUAUGCUGCCAAACAAAUUAUUAAGCUGGAUCCAAGUGAUGCAGGAACUUACAUAUUACUAUCUAAUAUUUAUGCGCACACUCACAAAUGGGAAGACGUUGUUGACUUGAGAAAGUCCAUGAGGGAAAGAGGAGUGAAGAAGGAACCAGGAUGCAGCUGGGUUGAAGUGAACAAACAGAUCCAUGCUUUUAUUAUGGGAGACAACUCCCAUCCACAAAUAGAGGAAAUUAAAAAAGAGCUAAAUCAGAUUAUUUGGAGAUUAAAAGAGGUGGGAUAUGUUCCAGACACAAACUUUGUCUUGCAAGAUCUUGAAGGUGAACAGAUGGAAGACUCACUUCUGUACCACAGUGAGAAAAUAGCUGUUUCCUUUGGUGUAAUGAGCCUGUCUAGAGAGAAGACCAUUAGAAUCAGGAAGAAUCUCAGGAUCUGUGGAGAUUGCCAUUUAUUUGCGAAACUUUUAGCACAGAUAGAGCGUCGGAGCAUUGUCAUAAGAGAUCCUAUCCGUUACCAUCAUUUCCAGGAUGGUAUUUGUUCAUGUGGAGAUUAUUGGUAGAAGGGAAUGGACUUCAGUUGAAUGUAGUAACACUUGCAGAAAUAGUGGCAACUAUGGAGCUCAAAGUACUGGUUUCAUGUAGCAAUGGUUAUGUUGACAAGAAUCCACUCUCUGCUCAACUUGCAUUUGCAUUGGCAGCUAUGAGUUUCUAGGUUGGCAAGCAAAAUUACUGAGGAGGCCCCUGAAGAUUGCAAGAUCCCCUAUUUGUAAUCUGCUAGAAGAUGAUGCUUGUCCAAGUCAAGAGCUUUGUGCAACUACAUCAAAAAUCCCUGAUCCAGAUUUAGGGGCAAUUUUUGAAAUAGCAAACUGUGAAACAUGAACUGGUAAUCUGUCAAGGAAAGGAUUGGUAAGAGUGCAUUCUCUAUGUAACUGGCAUUUGCAUUGGCAGCUAAGGUUUUCCAUUUAGGUCUCCUUAGUUAUUCAACAAAAUGUGAACAUAACUCGUAAAAGGUCCUGUGAUUGUUGGCCCAGGGCUUGGGUUCAGUGGUUAGAAUGCAAUGCAUGAUUUGUGGUUGGCACAUGUCACUAGUUCAAAUUCUGCUGCUAACAAAAACUUGGUAUUUAAGUGAAGAAUGGUAGAAGGACGACCUCAUUAUCCACCAAGUUUUGAUUCGUGCUCUGCUAGCCAUCGGCGAUUUCUAGGCUAUGAGAAUACAAAAUCUUAUUAUUGCUGCUACUGUGAUAUUUAAAGCUAAUCUUGAUGGGUAAGGUUGGUAUUUGGUAACCAAUUGGUUGUCUAUAUUUUAUAGCCGUUAAUAAAGAAUGUAGAAUUACGUGAAAAAUGUGUUUUGACUGAUGAGUAAUGGAUGGACUUUUGAUAUGUUGUUACAAAAUUAUUGUAGGCAAAAUUUAAAAUAAAAAAACAUAAAUUCUGAACUUAUAAUUCCUAUUACAUAAUCUAUUUAGUUCUGACAUUUAUAUAACGUGCUUCACAUGUCUAAUAUAAUCCA